AUGGGCAGCCUACCGGACCUCACGGAGCGCUCGCGUCCGACGCCUGUUCGCGCCGCUAUCCGGACUGUAUCCGACCCGCACCGGCACCGCGCUAUCAUCACUCAGAUUCCAGUUAGCACUAUUUAUAAGAAAGAAUGGCCUUGGAAGAAGCAGAAAACACCAAUUCGUGUAACUGGGCCUGUCCUUGCGACACGCCGUCGAGAUUCUGCCGCCUCUUCCGUUGGUGCAGCCUCAGUCCGACGGCUCCUUGCACGACAGCCACCGAAGUUACCAAAGCCCCUGGUCAAAAGAUUCACACUACUUUGUCUUUCAAGCGGUCUUUGCGCCACCGCAUUACUACCUUUCACAGCAUUUGCUGGAGCAGAAGCUGGGGCCAUGCCCUUGGCUAUAAUGCACACAAUUGCUGCCAUAGUAGCUCCAUUCUCACCUCUUAUUCUACAAAAGACAGGGGCGAGGUUAGUUAUAGCUAUUUCACAUACUUUAGUUUGCAUUCUGCUGACAGCGCAUACGGUGGAUACUCCAUUAUCAGUUUUACUUCUUUUAUACGGGAUUUGUGGAGUGACGUUGUCACCAAUGUCAUUGGCAUUAUCAGCAUCGGCAACAUCAUUGGCUCAAGCUGCAGGCGAUGAGGCUAGAAGAAAAAUUGCUCUACGAAGGGCAUUAAGAGCUUUAAGAGCUGCUCAGGAUAUCGGGCUGGUGGCAGGGUCCUUACUACUUGGUGCCGCGCUGCUUAUUUGGCCAGAGGAAAUCGCACGUCCUUCUACUCCAACUCCAACAAACAUCUCUUUACCGAAGUGGCCACCGCCUGAGGACUAUUUUUUGGAGGAUGAUUAUGAGGAGCGUAUAUGUGGGGCAGCAGGUUGUCCUGACACGCAGACUCUAUCAGGGACUGUCCUCAAUUCUGACGGUCGAAGGAUCUUGGUGGCAGUGUGGUCGCUACUUGCAAUCUUGGCAGUUGGGCUGGGCGUGUAUGGAGCGACUUCAGCACCUGCCCCUCCACCAGAUGCUCGUUCUAUACUAAAAGACCCCAGGGCAUUGCUAGGAGCUCCGAUGGGGUUAUUUAUUGGACUUCAACAGGGAUUUAUUUAUACAUCUUAUAUUAAGUGGUACGGUGUAUGUGUUGAUGGCUGGUGGUGUGCGUGGCGGUCUUUGUGCGGUGCUGGUGCUUUGCAAGCACUUGCAGCUGGUACUCUUAGCAUGGCCGCAGCUAGAGGGAGACGAGGAGCACUCGCUGCAGGAGGUGGAGCAGCGCAUGCCUCGUUAAUACUUGCGUUGCUGCGAUGGAGAGCUGCACGAACGGAUUUAGCACUGCCAGCACUUGCAGCAGCUGCUUGGGGAGCAUGUGCUGCUCUUUGGGAUGUUUUACAGGCUGGACUCUGUAUUGGCGGCCCAGGCUGGCGGGGUCCUUGGUCAGUAACUCUGGCUGCACGUCACGCAGGCCUCGCGCUGGCGUGUGUAGCGAGGCAAGUGCUAUGUGUGCGCACACAAUUGGCAGCACUGGCCGCCACACUCGUCGCUGCUUUAGCGUCACAUAUAGCGCUGGAACUAACAACGCGCAAAAGUCGGUAUAUUCUCCAUUUACUUAUAGACUAG